AUGACGGCUGACUUCAAUAUUUUAUCAUCCUACUCUACAGAUACACAGCUCGCUCCCGCGCUACUCCGCUUGUCUCCCGAGUCAAAAAUGCUCGAGCUAGGCCCCAAACUUCACUCUGGCGCACCGGCUGACCUCGAUCCUUCGUCAUUGUAUUCUACAGACUCACAACCCGCUCCCGCACUAGUUAUUUCGUCUCUCGCAUCAAAACUGCGCGACUGGUGCCCAAAACAUUUUAUCCUGGGUCCUGCACGCCGCCGCACCUACACAUCCGAACGGCGUCGAACCCCAUAUAUGCAUGCAUCUUGGGAUCUCGAGAGGAUUCGUGAGGGCGGGAGAUACGUCUGCUCGAGGGUCGCUAUGGGCAUGGACCCGUUACUUGAGAUCUACUCGUUUGAGGGCGAGGGCAUUGGUGAUGAUGGUGAGAGGGACGAAGUCGUUGUGGGUUGUGAAGGUGCUGCGCGAGGUGUUUCUGAACCGCUAUCUUCCAUCCCUACACCUGCACCAGCAUUCACGAAACGCCGACAUGCUCUGCUCGAGCUUCUUACCUCUGAACAUGCCUAUGCAAACGAUUUGGCGCUCCUCAGGGAUGUGUAUAUGAGGUUGGCGCCUGUCUCAGGUUCAGAAAUUUCGAAUCCUGGGUCCAACGCAUCUAGCUCAAGUUCUGAAUCCACCAAAUCAAGCUCCGGCACAUGCUCAUCCUUGUCCUCGCGCACAGUCAGCACCGUCUCUACAUCCAACAUAUCCGUCUCGGGGCUUUGUCCACCGGCGAUACAGCUCAACGUGCCUUCUAUCCAAUUGAAUGUACCUACAUUCACGCAAAUAGGUCUUUCAAUGACAUCCUUUCCUCCGCCCGAUUCCAAGGCUCCUACACAACUUUCACGCCCGAUGUGCGAGCCCCCACUGUCUGUCGCCGACACACGUCGCACCAUGUCAAAUCGUCACUUCUCCUGA